GUAAAGCAUAUUGUGGAAUACUACCAGUCGCAUGCAUUCCCAUAGGAUCCAACUGAGUCAGCCCUAAUCUCAUGUGUCCGCUCCAACCCGAUUCAUUCUGCUCAAUUUCCACAAGAAAUAUCUCCCCAGGUUGUAGGGGCUUUUCACUGAACGUCACAGCAUUAGCGAACGAUUUUUUGCGAUAAGCCACCGUGUCAUCUUCUGAUAACUCUAUGUGGUCACCAUGAUACCUAUGAAAUCUGGUGAUUUGGGGGUUCCUUUCGUUGUUCGAAGGUGUCGGUGAUAAGCGGCUCACAGUGGUUGAUUGAGAUGGUUGAUUUUCAGUGUACAUGAUUGUAACAGAUCAGUAAGAAAAGGUUGUGGGUGCUAAAACUAAUGAGUAGGUACUAAUGAUAAUGGGAUUGUUCAACAAUUUCCAAGUGGUACUUUACUUGAUUGGUUUUUCCAGAGGUAUCAACACUUUUCUUCACAUACAGAGAUAUGAUUAUAGUUUUGAUGAAAAGAAAUUCACAAAACAGGAAAGGAAAACACAAAUGAAAAUAAAAAAUUUGUUUUAUGGACUUUGGACAUUAUGGUUCCUCUUCUUUUUUUAUUUUAUUACAUUUGGCUUUUGGAAUCGUUUGGACAUGCAAGAGAUGUUUUCCUAUUUCAUAUCGAUAUAAAUAUAUGAGAGAAUAUGAAAUCUUUCUAUAUGAUAUUUUUUCGAUUUGAUAAUACCUUCUUCUUCUCAAGAAUCGUAAACUUAGGGUUGCUCAUCCUCAUAAAGCGUACGUUUGCCAAGUCCUGAGUCGGCAGGGUCUGCAAGUGACGUUAUUACUUUCAGUAACUAAUAGCAGUGACGUCACUCGCAGACCUCGAUAAAAUGCAUGCGAUUCAGGCUGUGCUUAUGAAUUAAUUUUUUCCCCAAUUUUAAAUGUAGCAAAGGUGAUUUUAACGUUUAGGAAUUGCUGUUUUGUGCGGUAAAGUAUCACUUUCUGCAUUUGUUAGGUAAAUUACUAUUCCAAUCCCAAUGUUAUGUUUUGCUUGUAAGGUCCUGUAUUUCUAUACAGGUAUGCGUCAUUCUGACAAAAACUAAUCAAAAUCAGUUCAAUUUUCAAAAUUUAAAAUGUCCCUUCUAAAUCCAGAUUUUCCGCCGCGAAAACCACCGGCGAGGCGGAUCACCAAACAGUCGCUGCAUCACAUAGACUUUUGCAAAAUUGGCGGCUUGAACAAGAAUUUGCAAACGUUGCGAGAAAUCAUAAUUUUCCCGCUACUUCACGGGAAUGUGUUUUCGCAUUUCAACAUAAAAGCCCCGCGGGGCGUCCUGUUUUACGGACCACCAGGAACAGGAAAAACUUUGGUAGCAGCUGCUUUGGCAACUGAAAUCAAUAAGGAAGGUCUUGGAAAAGUUUCGUUUUUCUCAAGAAAAGGUGCCGAUAUUUUGGAUAAAUGGCUCGGGGCAUCCGAGAAAAAUUUACGUGAACUUUUUGAAAAGGCAACAAAAAACCGACCAUCGAUAAUAUUUUUCGAUGAAAUAGACGGCCUCGCUCCGGCCAGAGACAAAAACCAGGAACAAGUUCAUGCCAGCGUCGUGGCCUCAUUACUGUCCUUAAUGGACGGCUUGGACAGUAAGCCAGGAGUAAUCGUAAUCGGAGCCACCAAUCGUAUCGAAACUCUCGAUUCGGCUCUAAGACGACCAGGCAGAUUCGAUAAGGAACUCUAUUUCCCUUUGCCAGGUGUAGAAGCUAGAAGGCAAAUUCUCGAAGUGCACACAGGAUCAUGGAAAUAUAGGCCCGCUCCGGAACUGCUGUCGGCUUUGGUCGAGGUUACUGCGGGCUUCAGUGGUGCUGAUUUGCAAGCCCUCUGCGCGGACGCUAUACUUAGAAGCAUGAAACGGCUUUAUCCGUGUUUGAAACGCGUCAAGAUCGAUCCGGAACAGAUCAAGGUGGAAGAAUGCGACUUCAUGGAUGCACGAUCGUGCCAAGUGCCUUCAGCGCAGAGGAGUGGUAAUCAUAUGAGAAAAUUGACUCCGAUAAUUCAGCCCUUGUUGGGUGGCCAGCUGAGGAAAAUUAUUAAGUCUAUUGAUACUUUUUGGGCACACUUUUUACAGGAAGACUUUAAAUAUAUGAUUGGUGAAGAAAGAUAUGCAGGAAGAUUGCUUCUGAUCGGAAAUACCACUCAAGGCGUCGAUACCCAUCUAAUUCCAGCCUUAUUACAAAGACUAGAAUAUCUUCCAGUAUUUAUUUAUGAUGUUACAAAAGUAAAUCAGAAAGAUGCUAUUGCCAAUGCUCAUAAACACCAUCCAUCGGUCACUUUGCUAUCUAGAAUUGACGAAUGGUGGAAUAUUAUCAACGAAUGCGAACAAUUGAGCAUAGUUUCGACGCUGGAAGAUAUCCAUGCCGGUCUGCCUGUUUUGGUUAUAGCCACAUGUAGAGGCGAAGUCCCAGACAUGCUUAAAAAUUUCUUCUACAACAAUAGCAGCAUCAUGCUGAGCAUUGAAGAUCCUACCGAUGAGGAACGUAAAGCGUUUCUGAAACCUUUGUUUUUCGAUAGGACUUUGACUAGUUUUAUAUUUGUUUUGCAACAUUGCAGAAAUAAUGAGCCUAAUAAUAAAGGAAAAAGAGAGUCUCAUGGCGGAAGACGUGGUAGAAAAUUUGAAAACAAGGCGAAGAAAAGAAGAGCGGAUACUCAGAGCCCUUUGAACAAUAGAAAACGACCCAAGCGGAAUUCGGCAAAGAAAAAUCUCAAACGUGCAAAGAGUAUUUCUAGUUUGUAUGACAUUAAAAAGGAAAUGAAACCCAAGUAUUUUAAUGGUUCAAAAGUACUUUCCUCUAAAACAAGUUUUAGUGCGAUCAACGAGAAUUCAAAUGGACAAGUGCCACAUUUUUCUAAAAAUUUACACGAUUUGUUUAGUCAAGGAAUAGCUUACCAAACAUAUAAUGGUUCACUAAAAUAUCAAUUGAAUACUAAAAAAGGUUUUUACAACGACGACGAUGGUUUAAAUCUGGUAAACGCUUCUAGUAGCUCAAUUACGACAACUAACGAUGUCCAGAUGCAACAGAUAUACGAUUUAUGGAGACACGCUUCGCUGGUGACCUCUAAAAACAUGGCUGUGGCACAACUUGAACUACUUUAUGAUGUCAUUUCGGCCUGCAUUAACAUUCACUGGAGUUCGUUUGAAUCUUUAGUGAAGAAUUCAGAAGAUAUCUUAAGAAAUAUCGAACAAUCCUAUAAUGAAGAUUUCUAGUCAUUCUAUAAUAAUGUAAUACUGCAUUAAUAAAAUAUAAUAAUUAUUCGUCUACAA